AUGAAUGCGCUCUAUCCGGAUGUCAAAGAUUUAAAAUAUUCUGAUAAGUGGUUCAGACGAUUUUGCAAAAGAAAGAACAUUAGUCUACGCAAAACCACUCAUGCUGCACAGCAUGCUCCUGUCAACUUGGCUGCGACUAUUUCCAAGUUUCACGCCAAACUGCUGAGAGUACGAAGACGUGGUAAUUUCCAACUUGGUGACAUUGCCAAUAUGGACCAAACUCCUUUGCCAUUUGUCUUAGAUGAUGGUAAGAGAUACGAUGAUGCUCGAUCAAAAGAAGUUUGGUCUGCAAGUGCAGCUUCAGCUUUAGACAAGCGUCAGUGCACAGUUCAGUUAACAGUGUUUGCUGAUGGUAAGCAACGUGUAAGGCCAACCAUAAUAUUUCGAGGACAAGGGAAGAGAAUUUCCAAGACUGAGAGAGAUGACUGGGAUAAAAGGGUAUGCGUUAUGUUUCAAGAAAAAGCAUGGUGUGGCGAGGCAAUUAUGAAAGAGUGGGUGGCGAGUGAAUGGGCUAAUGUAUUCACAAGUCCUCACAGUGCUUCGUCAACGGGAAAGAUUUUGGUGGCAGAUGUCCAUGCCGCUCAGCAGACCAAUGCUGUGAAAACUGCCUUGUGUAAUUACAAGACCGAACUAGUCAAUGUUCCGCCACACUGCACAAGUAGAAUUCAGCCCUUAGAUGUGUGCAUUAACAAACCUUUUAAAGAG